CAAUCUCGCAGUCUAAAAUUCAGUUCACUUCAAACGCGACUCGAAGCCGGUUUUUGCGAAAGUCGAACCUUUUUUAUUCUACUUGUGAUUUCGUGGAAAUUUUGAUUGUUAUUCAAAAUGCGUUUCGCUCUGUUUGCUUUUCUAGCGCUCUGCUUGCUGGCAUUCGUCCUGGCUACUCCGGCCAAGGACACCAAGAAGCCGGCCACCAACAGCUGCCAGCAAAACUGCGGUGAAGUCUACGAGCCCGUUUGCGCCAAGGCCAAAAACAGCAGCAAGGAUCGUCUCAUCACCUUUGGCAGCCCGUGCGUCAUGGCCAACUACAAUUGCCAGCACGCCGACGAUCCAUUCGAGCAGAAGUCCAAGGGAGAGUGCGGUGGCGGAGUGAGCGUUCGUCUUUCUUAAGAACUGGAAGUUUGUUUUCGAAGCAAGCUUGUAUUUCGCAUAACAGAACAAAAAAUUUAAUUAGCUCUCGGGAUUACUUAGAAUUCCCCUUUAAAAUACACACGUGCAUAUGCAUUCAUACAAGAUCAGUUCCAGCUAUCCUUUAGUAUCAAUGAAAUCGUUUUCUAAACUCCUAUGCACUUAUCAGCAGUCACGCGGCCAAUCUGCAAUCAAAAUCAAAGCGUUAAUCAGUUGGCACGAGUGUUAUUGUUAUUAUUGCAGUAAAAGCAAGUUAAGAGCAACUAGCCAAUUGGCAAUAAACGGAUAUAGUCAUACAUAGAAAUACCAAA